AUGGGCUUGUGUGCCAGUAAAGAAGACCGUAGUGGGGCCAGUAAGGUCGGUCCAGUAACCCGAAGAACGGAAAACACUCAAGAUACUCAUAAGCACCCCGAAGUGCCCUCAAAAACUAAGACUAAUGCCGGUAAAACUGUAGGAAGCCCAGGAGAGUCUGAGAAAGAAGCCUCAGCUAGGCGGGCGGCUGGAUUAGCUGCUGCUGAAAGACUAGAAAAAUUACAAAACCACUCGGGAAAGGGUGAACUAAGCAAGAAACUGGCAGAAGAGCGUUCGAAGACUUUGAAGACGCAUCUGAAGGAAACGGCUGAGAGCAGACAGCUGGAGAAGAACCAAGCAUUGGUCUACGACUAA